CCCAAAAUCCUCAUUUCUCCAAGGAAACCAAAACAUUUAAUUUCCUCACAGAAAUUAAACAAUGAAGAUCCUUAAAGCUCUUUUGCUCUUAGCCAUUCUAAUGUCCAUAGCCAUUACUACUCUUUCCUCAACCCAACACAAAGACGAGGAAGAAGAAGAAGCUGCCGGCGACGGCGGCCUUCUAAAUGCUGCAGAACCGCCGCAGUUCCUCCGGGGAACGGGCCGCUUUCUUGCGCAGAAAGGCAGCAAGGAGAAGAAGGUGGAGAAAGCCCGAAACCUGACGUGCAACAAGAACCCUAGAAUUUGCCGUGCGAAGGGCAGCCCGGGCCCGGAUUGCUGCAAGAAGAAGUGCGUUGACGUGAUGAACGACCGACAGAACUGCGGGCUUUGCGGGAAGAAAUGCAGGUACAAUGAGAUGUGUUGCAGAGGAAAGUGCGUCAGCACUUUGUUCGACAAGAACAACUGCGGCGGCUGCCGGAAAAAGUGCAAGAAAGGGACAACCUGCGUCUAUGGAAUGUGCAGUUAUGCUUGAUGGCUGAUAUGACGAGCAGCUCAGUUGGUUUUUGGAUGGUAAAUUGUGAAAAGAACACAAGAUCGAGCGGGACAACAAUUGCAUGCCUGAAGAGAAUUUAAUUAAGAUAACUAAUCAUGUUUAUUUAUAGAUAUUUGUUAAUUAAAAAAAUAUUUUCUUCUAAUUUCUUUCAAAAAAUAAGGCUACUGUGCAUGCAUGAAUGCAUAAUUAGCCAGCUUGUAUGGUUCUGUAUUCUUUUCGUUCUGUAUAUGCAUUGUUAUAUAUUUGUAUUAAGUUAUUUGUUCAAAUUGAGAAUUAUAG